UCAUUUCUGACCACAUAGGACCGUUCACCCUGGUCUGGCUGAGCAAAGCUCCUCAGAUUGUAUCACGAGUUUUAACUCUAGGGAAGAGUUAAGUCUUUAUAGGAAGGAAGGCAAAGACAAGAUCCAGCACAGCCCGGCCUGGAGUAUACCAAACACAGAUGUGGAGUGACCCCUAACUGCCUUGUCACAGCUGCCUGUGAGGGCCCCACAGCCUGCGUCCUGGGAGCCGCCGUGGAUGAUCGCCCGCAGGAUGUCCAGCCACGACCUGAGCAUCUCUGCAAAACUCAUCAAUGGAGGUAUAGCAGGUCUCGUGGGGGUGACCUGCGUGUUUCCCAUUGACCUUGCCAAGACCCGACUACAGAACCAGCAGGGGAAAGAUGUGUACAGAGGAAUGACAGAUUGCCUGAUGAAGACUGCACGUGCUGAGGGCUUCCUGGGCAUGUACCGAGGUGGGCUUCUGAAUAUCCCAGAGGAGUUCAGGCUCCUCUAUNGAGGACAGUGGGGCAGGCAAGUUCCAGGACAGCCAGGGACACAGCGGAACCUGAAGAUGGAGAUGCUGGCCGGGUGUGGGGCUGGAAUAUGCCAGGUGGUGAUUACCUGUCCCAUGGAAAUGCUCAAGAUUCAGCUGCAGGAUGCUGGCCGCUUAGCUGUCUGUCAUCAGGCUUCUGCCUCAGCCACGCCCACCUCCCGGCCCUACAGCACUGGCUCGACUUCCACCCACAGGCGCCCAUCGGCCACCCUCAUUGCCCGGGAGCUGCUCCGCACUCAGGGCCUCUCUGGUCUUUACAGGGGCCUGGGUGCUACGCUCCUCAGGGACAUUCCCUUCUCCAUCAUCUACUUCCCUUUGUUUGCAAACCUGAACCAACUCGGAGUCAGCGAGCUCACCGGCAAGGCCUCCUUCACACACUCCUUUGUGGCAGGCUGCACAGCAGGUUCUNUGGCGGCGGUAGCCGUCACCCCUCUGGAUGUUCUGAAGACUCGAAUCCAGACCCUCAAGAAAGGCCUGGGUGAGGACACCUACAGCGGAGUCACUGACUGUGCCAGGAAGCUCUGGACACAGGAGGGACCAGCAGCCUUCAUGAAAGGAGCAGGCUGCCGUGCCCUGGUCAUAGCCCCCCUCUUUGGGAUUGCCCAGGGCGUCUACUUCAUUGGCAUCGGAGAGCGCAUCUUGAAGUGCUUUGAGUAAUCUAAUGUGUCACUUCUUGCUGUCACCUCUGGCCCUAGGGAACUAGGUGGCACUGCUGGAAGUUUAAGAUGCUGGCUCUGACGUACAUGGUCUCUAACCUGUAGUGCUACCUCAGAAGAAAUGACCCAUUUUACUAAGCGAGUAGAGCCUUCAUCUCCUUUAUGAAAACUAAACUUUCUGAACCAGUGAUGUUUGGAAGUCCUAACCUCUUAUGUCUAACAACAGAACUGGCCUUAUGUACUAUGGCAGGACCGUGUGCAGUAUGACAGAAGGGCUCUUCCACACUAACAUCCCCACUGCAGGCAAGUGUGGUACAGAAUCGUCCUGUGAGGGUUUAGCGUCAAUCCUAGCCCUGCCGCCCUAACAGACCAGAAGUGCACCUGUGCCCUCCCGGGCAUCAGCAAUAGUCUGUGAGCCUGUAUGAGCACNCUGGCCACCUCAGCAGCGGUCCUGCCCCAGAUACCCACCCUGAAGUAUGGGCCCAGAUCCCUCCCAAUAGAUGCUUGUGGGACAUGAUCUGAAAUAAAGCUGGUUAAAUCCUUGUCCUGUAAUCAGCAUAGCAGAUGACUGUCAUUCUGCAUUGUCAAGCUGUGCCUUCUUGGGCCCCACAGCAGUUCAUUACUGCCUUCCAACUGCUGUUCUAGAGUGGAGAGUGGUUGGGGGG